AACUUCACCGCUUUUGGCUCUCAUUCACGCGCUUCUCCUCAUUUCCCAGCCAGGUGCUUCGCGGGGCGAGAAUCCUCCGAGAAAAAAAGCGCGCAAACAGAUCGCGGAAACUUCGCUUGCCGCGCUGGAUUUUGUAGCGCGCGUGGCUGUUCUUCUCUCAGCCGAAUAGUGUCGUUUUGAAAAAAAAAAUCUUUCAACUUUAUGACAAACACGGACGAAUUACUGGAUUUUUCCCCCAUUGAUGCCGUUUUCCUACUCCUCCAGCUCUCCAGAAGUGGCAUGAUCUGUGUCUGUCUGCAGGACAGGUGAAUACUAUUUUCUCUUGGUUGGUCGAAGAACUUUUUGUUCUUAUUUUAACAGGGAACCGUAAAAAUGUCAAAGCCGGUAGAUCACAUCAAGAGACCCAUGAACGCCUUCAUGGUCUGGUCAAGAGGCCAGAGGAGGAAAAUGGCUCAAGAGAAUCCCAAAAUGCACAAUUCAGAAAUAAGCAAAAGACUUGGCGCCGAAUGGAAGCUGCUCUCUGAAUCCGAGAAGCGACCAUACAUCGACGAGGCCAAGAGGCUGAGGGCUCAACACAUGAAAGAACACCCAGACUACAAAUACAGACCCAGGCGCAAACCCAAGAACCUCCUCAAGAAGGACAGGUACGUGUUUCCUCUGCCCUACCUGGGCGACACGGAUCACCUGAAAGGACUUCCGCUCUCAGCCACGGACUCGCUUUUAGGAUCCUCGGAAAAAGCCCGUGCGUUCCUGCCACCCACAUCAGUCCCUUACUCCUUCCUCGACCCGAGCCAGUUUAGCUCCAGCGCUAUCCAGAAGAUGACAGAGAUGCCCCAUACUUUGGCCACCAGCACUUUACCUUACGCAUCAUCUCUGGGAUACCAGAACGGCGCAUUCGGGAGCCUGGGUUGCCCCAGCCAACACACCCACACCCACCCGUCGCCCACAAACCCUGGAUACGUGGUGCCGUGUAACUGCACCGCAUGGUCGGCAUCGAGUUUACAGCCGCCUGUUGCCUACAUACUGUUCCCAGGUAUGACCAAGAGUGGGAUUGACCCGUACUCAUCAGCACAUGCCACUGCUAUGUGACUCCACCACUAAAAACAGUCUCCUCUUUUGAAAACUUGAAUACAGCAAUGCAUGUACAUAAGAAGAGAGGAAUGAUCAAGACAUUUAU